GGAAAUGUUUUAGCAAGGCCUUCGCAGAGUCGCGAAAGAUUGCAGCGACUCUGAAGACAAAGGUAGACUCCGUUGGCCGUUCACCUGCCGUUGGAUGAAAACCCGCUACAAUCGAGAGCAGACGGUCUGCGAGAACGGCAGCAUAGUAAACUUCGUUGCUGUGUGACAUACAGGGACUAGGUGCUGAGAAGUGGACUGUUCCAAGAAACUGGUAGGUUUCUCUGCGCGGACUGAACUUCCGGAAUCUUCCAAGUCGUAGUUGAGGUGUGACCGAAUUGUCUGCUUGAUAAUCUGCAACAACGGGUGCGUCUCCGCUGCAUUUCUCCACGAUGACGGUCGGACCCAUCGGAUUUCAUAGGGUGCGAGGGGAAAACAUACGCGUUACCAACAACACAGCUAUGCGUGUUGAGAGUUUUAAUAAGGCCUUGUGUUUUACGGAUCGGCCGCUAAGAGCCAACGAAAAAUUGACCUUUCGUAUUUCACGGGUUACACGAGCAUGGAGUGGCACGCUUCGGGUAGGCGUAACGAUACACGAUCCCGACACAUUCGAGGACAACCUCCCGAAGUACUGCUGUCCUGACCUCAACAUGAAACCUGGAAACUGGGGAAAAGCUGUUGAAGAAGCUCAUGCUCUUGAAAAUAAUGUACUUCAGGUUUUCUACACAUCACAAGGAAAUGUGAUGUUGAAGGUGAACAGUAAUGAUCCGGGAGUAUUUCUUUCCGGAGUUCGUACCGGAGUGCCCCUUUUCGUGUUGUUCGAUGUUUACGGAAACACGCUGGGUAUUGAAUUGGGCGAGGUACAGCUGCGCAAUUCGACAACUCCAGCCGGAACAACUCAAGCCGUAAGGAAUGCAGCAUCUACUCUAGUUCCUAGUCAACGUUUGAACAAUACGAACCUCCGAAGCGAGUGUUUCCCCAACAUCGCUUUACAUCCCGCUCAGUUAUCGUGCAUUAACACAAGUCACGUUCAGGCGUCGUCUAAUGUAGCCAAUGGUUUAAUGGACUGUCCAGGAGGUUUAGUCAUGACAGAAACAGCAUUGCGUGCCGGUCAGGCACUUAUCGUAAAGUUGGCAGACCUCCACCGUGAAGUGCCAAUGAACCUCGCCCUGUCAGCUGCCACAACUGAUGAAAUUCGACGCUUCAAUAGCCUUGACGAUCUCUAUGAUAAAACAUAUACAGUUUUGUUUAAGAGCGGUGUUACAACAGCCGGAGAAGAGAUAGCCGUUGUGAUUUCCGAGCAAGGCAUUGUACAUGUUUCGCACGCUAAUAAGAAAUGGCUUCAGUGUGUCUACGUUGACCCGGUCGUACAAUUCCGCGUUGUGUUUGAUAUGCAAACGGUGAAGAAACUAUCGGUAGUCGGUAUCACGACUCAUCUACAGGCGCCCGCGAACCAGAUUGAUGGGGGCGACGGCUCAAGCAAAAGUGAGCAAAAGAAAGCCAGCGGAAAUAACUCUGACCGCGCACCAAUCGAUUGCGUCAUCUGUCUCGAGAAUCUCCGCGAUACGCUCCUUAAGCCUUGUCUACACUUCGUCCUGUGCGGCGGCUGUGCGCGAUCCCUCUCCCAGAGUGACCACAAGGAAUGCCCAAUCUGCCGUAAACCCAUCAAGGGCACGGAAAAGAUUUACAUGAAUUAAGUAGAUGAACAGCUCUGUGAAGAUCUAUCAAAUGUAUUUGUGUGAUGAGCACAUGGUGAGUAGGUAGAGCCCUGAAAAUUUCAUUGUUUUUUUUCUAAGAAACUAACGCGUAACGCGUUUGAAUGACAUACUUUAGAUCUAAAUUGCAUCGUAUAAUAACCAGUGAAAAUAGACAUUGGAUUAAUAUUAUGCACUUGCACGAACCUGACUUUAGCAGUGGCUAAUGCAGUAGUAAAACAAUAACUUCAGAAUAAAACAGAAAAAAACUUCAGAGAGCCUCUGUUAGUUUUUGACAAAAUCAAAAUGCACAGCUAAACUGGACGUACAGGAAAGAUAGACAAGGAAUCAAACAAGGAAGUAAGAGCAUUAGUUUUUCAGAUGCAACUAUUAAGAUGGGAUGCACACACGUUCACACAAACGUGCGCGCGCACACACACACUUACGAAUGGUGGUUGAACAUUAAGAGGACGCAAUAAAAGAUUUCACGUAAUAAAUAUUAUAUUCACUUACAAAUAUCCACAAAAAUUUAGUCGAUAAGUGCAUCAGCUAGAAGUCUUGAUUGUAGUUGCGUGUGGAUUCGUUCGAAGAAAAUCGCGUUUACGCGUGUUGUAACUACGACAAAAGACGCUUCAACGAAAACUUCUGGUUGUCGAUAUCACUUGGCACAUAGCACUAUUGAAUUAAGGCACAUAGUUCAUCCGUUCGUGUAAAUUCGUGAAAAUCUACUUGGGCUGUAGGGACUUGACAUACGGUAUAGCUAUAAGGAACUAUUUUCCUAAAAUCAAGAGAUUGAUUGGUAUAUUUACAGCAAUAUGUGAACGCUACAUUUUGAGUACUUCAAAAACGUCAAUUAAAGAUUGAUUGCUGCUUUACGUGAUCGUGUUGUUGCCAGUAAUGCUGAUCUACUCGUGCUAGGCCCGGUGUGUGUUCGGCUAUCUAACUGAUGUGAUAAAUCCAUAUUGUGACACACGACGCGUUGAGGCUAAAGCUAGCCUAAGUUUCAAGCAGCACCCAUUACUAGCUGCUUCCUAUAAUCCUCUGUGCGAACAGGCGUCGAUUCAUAACAAGCGCUCGGGAGUAAUAUUUAUAUUUUCUACCGUGUGUAAAAAUUGGGAUAUUCAUACAUCUUAUAUUGAGCUAAUGCAGGCACGCAUGAAACUUGUACAAUGGUAAACAAAGUGAAAAAAAGAUGUAAUAAACGAUAUUGUUGAAAACAAUGGUAAACAAAGUGAAAAAAAAAA